ACAUUUGAACGUGAUUUAUUUUGUAACCGUUUUAUUGUUAUGUAACCAUUUACUACAUAAUAUAUUUAAUUUUUAUUUUUUGAGCCAUUGUAUUAUUAUUUUAUCAACAUGUUCAACUUGACAAUGAACUCGUAUCUUCAGAAGGAAUGUCCAGUGGACCCAAGGGUUAUAAAUAAGGCUUUGCGACGAGCCAUGCAAAAGAAACUACAUAGUGAACAGGAUGAGGAUAGUAACGUGGCACUACCUGAUGCUCACAAACUGGAGUCGAUCCAGCCGUCUCUCAGUGCCCCAAACGUGGACGUCACGGUAGCAACCCUGGGCUUCGGACGAUCAGGACUCGACAACCUUAUAAGGGACCUCAGUUCAAAAUACAACUUGACAAAACGGCGAGCCAUCCAUACCUUGCUUAAUCAGAUAGUAUACCCAGAAAAUCUGCUAUAUUUCGUGGAAAAGAACGUGCUCUAUAUACUAACAACGAUGAUGACAGAUAAGGAUCCGUUCAUACGGGAAAAAGUUGUUAUUAUCUUCACCCAUUUAGCAAGCACGCAUAUAUGCAAGAAGAAAAUUCUAUCGAGUCCAGUCUUCAUUGAUAACAUCAUAAAUAUGAUCAUGCAUGAUUGCAAAGAGAUCAGAUACGCUGCAUCACUAUGCCUUAAAACUCUGACCAGAGACAGAUGCGCCUGUGAAAUAAUCAUGAAAAAUGACAAUAUAAUCGUAAGCCUCCUCAAAUUGAUAAAACACGACUACAUGGACAUCAUUCUGCACCAUUUGAAUUCGCUUAAAUACUUAUCAGACUGGGACCCUGUCAAGCCACUGGAAGCGAAGGCAUUUGAAGUGUUGGAGAGACUGUUAAUGUUUAAUCGGAACAAUGUGGUGCAAGCUGCAAUGGACUGCUUAGCAGUGCUGUGCAGACAUGAGAUUGGGAAGCAGCUCGCAGACUCGUACGACUUGAACAAAUUACUGCUAUAUUACAUCCAUCUACAAGACGUACGAGUGAUAAGGAGCGCACUAGGACUGCUGCAGUACACGACAAUGACAGUGAGGUCUAAAUGGAGAGUAAAAGAAUUUUCCUACAAACUCGUGAAACGUCUAGUAAGGCUCACGUAUGCGCAGAACCAGCCACUGAUACAACUUCGAGCUAUGCAAGUAUUGAUGAACCUGUGCGACCAUCCCGAUAUGAGGAUGGAAGUCAAACAAAGUUGGGAUAUGUUUGCAAAGGCGGUGCACAGAGUGAUCAUUUGUCCUGAGGAGCUAUUCAUAAAUACUUCGGAAGUUACAACGUUUAAUGAGGAGACUGGCCUGAACUAUGAGACUAUGAGUAUAGAACCGGUGGAUAUAAUAAGGAAAGAGUAUGGUAGUGUUCAAAUCGGAGACCCAAGCAGCUACAUCGGACGGAUCCACAAUGUGAUGCGCAAUCUAGUAAAGGCUAUGAAUGCUACUUCUUAUCCAACCAGAGAACUUAAAUAAUAGUUCUUCUAAGUUUUUCUAUUUCAAAUGUUUAUAUUUAGAAGCUUUU